AUGAUGCGAUCGAGGAGCUCAAAAGCUGUAGUAUCUUCGUAUACGGAUCCAUUGAUUGAAUUAUUACAUUCGGCAGAUUUGAACAAGACAAAAGAAUUAUCAAAUACACUAGUAAGUUAUAUAGAUGACAUUGAUGACAUUGAAUUACGGAAAUGGUGCAUUGACUCGUUGACUGUCCUUAGAAAUUUGGAGAAGAUCGAGACCCAAUUGGACCAAUGGGAGUUCCAUACAUUGGAUUUUACCAUUGAAUUGGGAAAUCAAAAUAGUAAGGAUACAAGCGUUGAAGACAACAUCAUGCGUGGAAACUUGGCCAAGAGAGUUCUGGAGAAAUCGAACGCUGUUAGGAAACUAUUAUCAGGUGAGAAGAAUUCAAUUAACACAAGUAUCAAAAGAGCAAGAAAUUUAACAACGAAUUCACCAGCACUAGUCGUCACUGAUGCCGGGACCAUUUUAGUGGAAUUAACGAUGAGGAUUGUAAAAUUGGCAAAACUUUUGGACCAGCAAGUGACAAUUGGUUAUUCUAGAGCCCGGUUGACGAUUAUUGGAUCAGAAUUGAAAAAGUUGGUUACCAAAAAUCCAUUUUUGAUUGAUAAAGAGGUUGCUAAAAAUUACGAAAUCUUUGUCAACAAUUUGUUGAAUCAGUUGAAUAGUGCUGCAGCUCACAAUGAUACCGUUGGAUUAUGGGAGUCUGUCAAAAUCGUUGGAGAUGUGGAAAAAAUGUUUGAGAGUAUGAAACGGAAGGCAAUGCCUGAGAAACCAGAAAAAAGUAACCACGACGAACAAAUUAAAGAGCAACUGAAGAAACAAAAUUUCACAAGUUCCAAUAAUAUCAAUAGCUCAACAAUUGGUUCUUCACAUAACAAAGAUGGAGAUCUUACAGAUAGUACAUUAGUCGACUACGAUAUUGAAAAAAGUGUUAGUAAACUCAGUGCUAAGGAAAUUUUCCAUAAUGACGAUGAAUUGAUUCGUACACAGAUUAGUGAUCAUAUACCCGAACUGAUGGCUGCAUUUAAGAAGAAUGAAAACACUCAAUCAUCUGCAGAACCUUUAGAAAGACAGUCUAAUCAUAGUGACGAUGAUAGUGAGGAAAAAGAAAAACAAAUGGGUGGAAGCGGGGUUUCUUCGGGCAACGGAAUUAAUGUGCCUAACUAUUCAUUGUUUCGUCCUUCUAUCCUGAAUGCAUUUUACAAGCCAAAAUUAAAAGAACCAAUUUAUAUCAAUAAAUCAAAUGUGAUACCUAGCGAAGAAGCAGAUAGACCAGAUUCAAAUGGAAAGCAAACACAGAAUAAAGAAAAUUGUGGAAUAAUCGCAUCAACUUCAAGUUUAGAAGAUUCGAUGUUUCUAACAAACGCAUCAAUGGCUGUUCGUUUAGACAAAAUGGCCCAAGAAAAUGAAGCGCAAAGCGUAUUACUGGACAAAGAACGAGAACUCAGAGACAAAGAAAUUUUAGCCAAUAACGCAUUGAUGAAGAAUACACGACCUAUAGUUUCGACGUCUCCUCUUCUGCAGCAUCUGUCUAGUUCAAUGAUGAGCAAGUCUAUCAUUGGUAACUUUAAGACAGAGCAAUCGGGAAGGGAGAAUGACAAUGCAAACCUAAUAGAUUGA